AUGGCUCCUCCCUCCAAGCUCGCGCUCGGGAGCGCCAUCCUGUCGCUCGGCCUCCCGGCCAACGCGUACCUCUACAACGAGACCAUCCAGACCAGGUACGGUGCCGUGCAGGGCAUACCCGCCCUGAACGCCACCUGCUGCUCCUACCUCCCCGGCUUCGAGGCCGUCACCGUCUGGAAGGGCAUCCCCUUCGCCGCCGACACCGGCGGCGCCAACCGCUGGAAGGCUCCCCAGCCCCGUCAGGCGUGGAACACGACCCUCGUGGCCGACACCUUCGGCUCCGCGUGCCCGUCCGGAUCCGCGCCCAACGGGGCCGUCGACCCGGUCACGGACGAGGACUGCCUGAACCUCAACAUCUGGUCCUCGGCCAACAGCACGGCCGAGAAGCGGCCGGUCAUGAUCUGGAGCAACCCGGCCGGCUCCAACGGCGCGUCCAGCCUGUUCGACGGGGGCGCCAUGGCCCUCCAGGACAUCGUCGUCGUCACCUACAACUACCGCACCGGCCCCUUCGGCUGGCUCGCCCUGCCCGAGCUGUGGGAGGAGUCCGGCAACGUGACCACCGGCAGCUACGGCGUCCUCGACCAGGUCGCCGCCCUCAAGUGGGUCCACGAGAACAUUGCCGACUUUGGCGGCGACCCGGACCGCAUCACCACCGUCGGCCAGUCGGCCGGCAGCGCCUCCGUCUACCACACCGUCAACAGCCCGCUCACCAAGGGCCUCAUCGUCGGCGCCAUCGCCGAGAGCGGCAUCCGCGACCCGCGCGACCCGGCCGCGACCUCGCUCGCCGAGGGCUACAACAACAUGUCGACCUCGGUCGCGCUCAGCCGCGAGCUCAUGGGCCUCCUCAACGUCACCACCGUCGAAGAGCUCCGCAACGACGUGACCGCCUCCGACCUGAGCACCUACAGCAGCUUCACCUUCUUCUCCAACUGGCGCGCCACCCUGGACGGCCACGCCAUCCCGAUGACGUACUGGGACCAGCUCCAGAACGGCCCCGCCAACGACGUGCCGCUCAUCACCGGCAACACCAGGGACGAGUCCGGCGCGACCUACGGGGGCGUCGUCAACGUGUCCGACUACACCGAGACGAUCCGGUCCACCUACGGCGACUGGGCCGACCGCUUCCUCAAGGCGUACCCCGCCUCCAACACCACCCAGGCAUCCCUCAACACCAACCUGCUGGCCCGCGACGUCUCGCUCACCGGCUCCUGGAACUACGCCCGCCUGUGGGCCGAGACGGCGUCGUCGCCCAUCUACACCUACUACUGGGACCACGCGCCGCCCGGCCAGGACCAGGGAGCCUACCACAUGUCCGAGAUCACCUACGUCUUCAACAACCUCUACGGCACCGACCUCCCCUGGACCUCGGUCGACUACAAGAUCGCCAACACCGUCAACGCCUACUGGGCCAACUUCAUCAAGACCCAGGACCCCAACCAGGGCGGCAGCUACAGGAACGGCUCCCUGCCGCGGUGGGAGCCCACCACGGCUGCCGAGCCUACCGUCUUCCACCUCUCCCCGUCCGCGCCCGAGAACGUCGACGGCCUGCCUGUGGGCUACGAGCAGGUGUCGGUCGCCACCGAGGCGCACCGUGUCCUGAUCACCGACUUUUUCGAGUCGAGGACUGAUGUGUCCCUGUAG